AUCCCUGCAUCGAGAGUUCAGUGUGCGUAACAAAACAAGUUGUCCAAGCGUCAUGGCUCUGUUUCCCCUGCUCAGCAACCGCGGAUCCCGGUGUCCCUCGGACCUGGCGAGACGUUUCUUCGAGGAAGACGACUUCGGAGGCUCCUUCCUGGACGGUGAGCUGUUUGACCCGCCGUUCUACCACAGGCGCUACCACCUCCAGCCGCAUCACCAGCAGCGGUCUUCAUCGACGGGUUGUCCCGCUCGCCAGCAGGGAACCUCGGUCGCCUGUACUCCGGACAAGUUUGCCAUCCGUGUCGACACCCGACACUUCACCCCGGAAGAAAUCACCGUCAAGACCCAGGACAACAGCGUCAUCAUCCACGGCAAGCACGAAGAGAAGUCCGACGACCGCGGCUGCUACGUGAAGCGUGAGUUCACCCGUCGCUACGUCUUGCCCGAAGACGUGGAACCCGAAACCGUCAAGUGCCACUUGCAGCCCAACGGACUGCUGGCCCUCGAAGCUCCGCGCAAGAACGCCCCCAAAGAGCAGCCUAAGGCCAUUCCUAUUGAAAUCAAGCACGAAGGUGGCAGCGGUGACGCCUUGAAGAAAAAGUGAA